AUGACGCUUGAAAACAGUGGGCAUAUUGUAUGGUUUAGAAUAAUAGUAUUGAUGAAUCCUGAGAGGAUUGCCUCAGUAAGAAUUGUGAGCCUGAGCUGUGACUGUGAGUCUAUUAGUCAGAUUACUCUUGGUGUGACCAAGGGGCAGGCUUUUGAAAAUAAAUGGUCACCAACACCUGUCCAGCUUCCUGGGUCUCUUCCUGGGUCUCUCGUAGGAAAUUCAUUCCCAGGUAAUCAUGGAGGUUUGCAGACCUCUAUGGUACUGCACCCAGAGCAUGCUGUACAAAAUCUUGAAAAAGCUUCCUGUUCACAACCUGGUAUUAGCUCAGUGUCUACAGAUAAUACUAAGUUACAUCCUCAUCCAACAGCAGUGGCACCUGUCCUGCCUUCAGGGGUUGACCUCAAAAUGGCAGGUACAAAUAUGCAAAACCAGGUUGUGCGUAGCCACAACUCUCAUGCUGAAGCUCAAGGAUGGGGUUCAGCUGGGGUUCCAAAGCCAGAACUACAGGCUUGGGGAGGUGUAUCAACUCAACUAAAUAAUCCUGCAACUAUGCCUUCCCAGCCAGCAUCCCAUGGCCCCUGGGGCGAUGCUUCAUUUGUGCAAAGACUUGUGGAUGGAGAGGGAAAUCAAUAUUCGCAAGUGUUACGGCGUGGAAGGCAACAUGAGGUCCUCAAUGUUGUCCAAUUGAGCCCUCUGAACCAACGCCACGUUGUUACCAAGUGUCAUGUUAACAACACCGGAGCUAGCAAAGGCUCAACUCUUAACAUAUACCCUGCAUCAAAGACGGCUCUUCCUUCCCUAUUCAAGCCAUUGGAUAUGGGCCAUUCAGUUGAAUCUAACCCACAAACCCAACGUAUUCCCUCACGACCGUUUGAGCAUAUGAACAAAACUUCAUUUAGAUGA